CGUGUCGUGCUCGUGCGUAAACGUGGACGCACCGGCAGCGUGCGCGCUAUUGGUCAGCUGAGCGCACGCGCGGGAUUGCGGAGGAUCUGCGUUGCAUCGCCAGUAAAAGCAGCCUGCGCUAUGAGGAGACACGGAGGGGUGACGUUCGCUUUAACGGAGCACACGAGAUGAAGAUGGGAUUUAAUAGGCUUCACUAAAAUUCAUUGGUCUGUAUUCGGAUAUGCGGUCUUAAACGGAGAGGUGUUAUGGAUAUCAUCAUUUCCACGCAGUCCAAAAUCCCCUUGAAGGUUAAAGGCAAAAUCCUUCAGCCCAGAAGCAUCUUCACAACGUACGACAGCUGGAAUUGUGUGAUUCGUGACAUCGCUUUCAGCACGAGGAAAAUGACUGGCACACUGUAAAGCCUCUGAUAUUAAUCCCCCGAGAAGAAUGCUGCAGCAGAACAACAACAAUAACUGCUUGGACAUGACCCAUAGGGAUCUACUGAAUGAGUGCCGAAGAACCAAUGUUUCAUUCACCAGUGCCCUUGAGUUUGGAGCCAUUCCCCUGAUUAAAGGCCUGAGGGCAUGGGCUGUGAGUGGCGGCUACUCUAAAGCCAGGAGAAAGGCUAAUAUUGGACCCCGGGUACAGGGCACAUGCCAACAGCCCCAUGAAAACAGGGUGGGGCAGAGAAGCUGGUCAGCUCCGGUCAGCAGUGGUUAUGGGCACACAUUGGAAAGCGCAAGUAAUGCAGCGAGAACUCCAGGGGUCCGGCAAGGCGGACUUGGUGCACUUGUGACUGUGGCCACUUUGAAAGGCACAGAAGCGGGAGGCAGACAGACUCAGACUCGCUGCCUUUUUCUCAAAGCCCAAGGACGAGGCAGCUAUAUCUGUGCUGUAGGAAACCGAGGGGCUGGGAUGAGACUUGUAAGUCCACGGACUCACGCUGUCAUCCUCGAAGGGACAAAGGAAGAGCUUAGAUGCUCCUCUAGGGGGCAGAGAGCGAGCCAGGACGGGACGGAUGAAGGCGGGAUGUUCAAGGCCAAGCCGAGGGCCAUAAGAAAAUGGAGGAAGUGCAGUAAAACAACAGGCUCAGUGGAGAAAAGAGCAGCAGCUCACGGCAGUGGGGAAAUUAGUAAUCAGUGCAUUGAGCUGGAACAUGGCGACCAAGAAAGCGCAGUGAUUUCAGACACACGAUCACUCAACGCCACUCCAAAUCACACCAUAACACGAUGUCAAGAAGGAACCAGUGCAAAUCAGAAAGACGUCAAGGAUUUAGUCAAAGUUGAAGAGGGUCAACCUGUUGCACCUGAAAACUGCUGCUCUUCUGCAAAAGCAUGUGCCAAACUAGAUGAGCAGGUUGAACCUGGGAUGAGUGAUUAUCGAUUUAAUAACGAAUUCAAAAUAGGAUCAAAUUGUGCCAAUGGUGAUGCACAGGAGUUUAGUCAAUGUCCCAAUGAUCACCAUAACAUUAACAGCUCAACUGAUUAUGUGCCAAACCUAAGAUCAUCUGUAGCACUUGAGAGUACUCUAAAUACAAAACUCCCCACAACAAACUACAACACUGAGCCCGACGUAGAUCAUCCUCCAUCCGAAAUCCCUGUCAGCUUUCAGAAGGAUCAAGAAUCCAGGCCAGAUGAGCGCCUGCAAGAGCGUGAGAAUCUACAUUCGGUGGAGACGGCCGAUCUCUCAGCACUGAGCGAUGGCACUCCAGACACAAAGACUACAGCCGUGCCCGAGGGCUGCCGCACGCCGGUGGAUGUUGAAUGUAGCACUACAGAGAAGAAGAGGAGGCCGUCCGUGUGCUCGCCUCAGCAAUUAAUCACGGAGCAACUUGAAGUUCAGCAGUCUGACAAAUCCCCUUCACGAGGUUUUACCGCACCAACAACCUCCAAUGUAACUGUAACCACCAUUCACUCCCAGCCUAAUCCUGCCCCAACCACCACUGCAGCCAUAGCAACAGCCGUCCCAGCGUUAGGCACGAGCGAGGGGGGGGCUGGAGGUGGAGACGUGCUGCUUGUGCUGAACUCAGAGUUGCUGUCAGAGCCGGCGAGAGUUGACCACGGGGACACGGUGGCCGCUGACGAGGGGUGUUCGGAUGUGGGCGAGGAGGAUGAGUUCGGGGCGUUCAUGCAGGCGGGUGCAGAGCAGCUGUGGACGGACGAGUUCAGGGAGGUCCAACAGUUGGCUCCGGGAGAAGAUUACAACUGUGAAGAACACACAAGUUCUGCUGAUGCAAAUAAAUCUGCAUCCUGGGCAUCUGAUUGGACGGCGGUUCAGUCAUGUCAGCAGUCAGAGACCACAUGGGUUGCCUUCAACCAGGAGACUGUGGAUCAGAAGAUUGUGCCUGGUGAACAGUGGUGGCCUUCUACUGAAAAGCCAAAACUUCCCCUCUCUACUCUUCAUAAUGUGUCAAAUGUGUUUCUAGAAGCCUUUCCCUCAGAAAACCCCUCCUGUGAAGAUCCUGGAUACAUUCCCACACUAAAGCAACUUCUGCAAGGACCAGCUGAAAACAGCAAUACAGGGGAGCGCAAGGAACAGAGCUUACUUGAUGGCUUGCAGGAUCUGGACCGGAUGAUUGGUGUGAAAUAUAAGAGGGCGGAGUCUCUGUCUUGUAAACUUCUCCUUCAGUCACUGCAUUUGGAAGAAUCCAGUUCUGAAUGCGUGACAGUACGACUGAAGUCCACCGCCAGGUUUUCUCCAAAUCUCCCAUCAUCCAACCAACAGUUAGCUGCAAAUGCUAAGAGAAGACUUUCAUAUGACUUUAACAGGAACAUCAUGACCUAGUCUCACGUUUGACCUAUGCUUCCUUGAAACCAGGAGAUUCAGGGGAGAGGAGUAAUGCAUACAGAAUAACCGAUUUACCCCUGGACUGACUUUUGUUCACCAUUUACGUCAAGUGUAUUCCUUCUUUUAAUGUCUGUUCUCACUUUGUGUCUGGUAGAUUCUGUUUUACAUUCAGCUGUAAAUCACCAAAUAUGCACUACCUGACAAAAGUCUUGUCGCCUAUCUAAGUUUUAGGAACAACAAAUAAUAACUUGACUUUUAGUUGAUGAUUUGGUAUCAGAAGGGGCUUAUAUGAAAAGCAAAGGCCUCUAGAUUACGCUUAUUUGACCAAAAUAAAAUAUGAUCAUGUCUUGAUUUUUAAUGAUUUCAUGAGGACAGUAAGGUCUGACUUUGCUUAGACAAAAGUCUUGCCACUGAACAGAAAUAAUGUCCUGUAUAGAAUAUAUAGUCAUGCUGCAGUGGAAACAGAAUUAAUAUUGUGUAUGACUCCCAUGAGCUUAAAGGACUGCAUCCAUACAUCUCUGCAAUGACUCAAAUCACUUAUUAAUAAAGUCAUCUGGAAUGGCAAAGAAAGCGUUCUUGCAGGACUCCCAGAGUUCAUCAAGAUUCUUUGGAUUCAUCUUCAACACCUCCUGCUUCAUCUUACCCCAGACAUGCUCAAUAACGUUCAUGUCUGGUGACUAGAGUGGCCAAUCCUGGAGCACCUUGACCUUCUAUGCUUUCAGGAACUUUGAUGUGGAGGCUGAAGUAUGAGGAGUGCUAUCCUGCUGAAGAAUUUGCCCUCUCCUGUGGUUUGUAAUGUAAUGAGCAGCACAAAUGUCUUGAUACCUCAGGCUGUUGAUGUUGCCAUCCACUCUGCAGAUCUCUCGCACUCCCCCAUACUGAAUGUAACCCCAAACCAUGAUUUUUCCUUCACCAAACUUGACUGAUUUCUAUGAGAAUCUUGGGUUUGUGGGGGUUCCAGUAGGUCUUCUGCAGUAUUUGUGAUGAUUGUGAUGCAGAUCAACAGAUGAUUCAUCAGGAAAAAUCUACCUUCUGCCACUUUUCCAAAUGAUCAACUACAAGUCAAGUUAUUAUUUGUUGCACUUACAACUGGGAUCGACGACAAGACUUUUGUCAGGUAGUGUAUGUUUAUCUAGUAUGUAACCCCAGAAUAGUGGAGUUCAAUUAGGACAAAGUACAAAAAAAAAAAACAGAAUUGCCAAAUUGUCUAAUUAUUGAACUCAUUUUGAUAUAACUGAUAUUGUACUAAUCAGAUAUAAAACAAAUAGGUCAAUAUGGAUUUGUGCAUUAUUUUCAAUCAAUGCUUUGGAUUAUAUUUGUUAGAAUUUUUGUGGAAAUUGUUUGUGCACAUUCUCACAGAGGUAUAGAUUCGAUCCGGCCUGUCACGUGCCAAUCCCAUAUCCUAAGUUUCCUUUCUAUUGACUUGAUAUGAUAAAUGCAAGAGAUGUAAGAUAACAAAAAACUCUCCUUUACCUAAAAACUGUCAAAAGUAAGCAAAUAUUCACAAAAUGUAUUUUCAUACACCACCAUGUUUCCAUGUCUUUUAUCCCUGUGCUUGGAGUACUAAAUAUGACACUAGUGUAACAUUUUUAACUCCCGAAGAAUAGAGACCAUAUUUUCAGAAGUGUUUUGAAGUGAAUGUUAACAUUUUAAAUUGAACCUGUAAGCUUGUUUGUUGAUUGAUGUAAUUAAAACCUCGUUAAAGGAC